AUGGCAUUCGCUCACACUUACGCCCAAGAUAACCGAGGCAAGAAGGUCAAAUUCUUCAUCAUUCAGAUCCCCGUGUUGUGGCUCCCCUGGGCCAUGCUCACGUUGACUCUUGUCAGCCACGGCUGGGGCUCAGUCAAGACCGAAUUUACGGGGAUUCUUGCCUCUCACCUGUACGACUUCCUUACCCGCAUCUACCCAACCUUCGGCGGCGGAAAAAACUACAUCUUCACCCCGAGUUUCGUGCGGCGCUACAUCUUCAGACACACCCCGGAUGCGGCACACCGUACCUAUGGUAGAGCCUAUCGCCCCUCCCGACCAGCUGAUCCCCAGCCCGAUACGUCUGACUCGGGGGCUCGCGGCUGGACGUCGUCACAGGAUCUUGGGUCGUGGGGCACUCGAGGUUCCGGACGAAGACUUGGUUAG